AAUCAAGGCCAUUGAAAGUCCCAACAAAGAUGAUGACACACAGUGGCUGACUUACUGGGUAGUGUACGGUGUUUUCAGCAUAGUGGAAUUCUUCUCUGAUAUCUUUCUGUCCUGGUUCCCUUUCUACUACAUGCUAAAGUGUGGCUUCCUGUUGUGGUGCAUGGCUCCGAGUCCUUCUAAUGGGGCAGAGUUUCUCUAUCAUCGAAUUAUCCGGCCUUUCUUCCUGAAGCAUGAAGCUCAGCUUGACAGUGUUGUUAAAGACCUGAAAGACAAGGCUGCAGAGACUGCAGAUACUAUCACUAAAGAAGCCAAGAAAGCAACAGUGAACUUACUGGGUGAAGAAAAGAAGAGCACUUAAAGUAUUAACUGGAUGAAAUUUCCCUACCACCUCCUUUAAGAAGCUUGAUGUUACUGGGAACUGUGGUCUGAUUUUAUUAAUAUUGCCUUGGAAACAUUUUGAUAUAUUAAAGGAAUGUGUUUUAAGCUUGCUUACUACUUUGCUGUGUCUGUAUAGAAAGUUAAGCAUUUUUAUUUAAAAGCAAUGCAGUGGGCAGCAUCUGAAGCUUAAUGAAAAUAUUUUAUUCAUCUUCACGCAGAAGAAAUCUUUCAGUAAACUCUCUGCAAUAACAUGAAUAAAAAGUAUAUAAAUCCCACAGGCUCUGCA